UUCAUAUCCAAAGUGGGCCCAUAUCUUUCUUGUGGGCACGUUUCUAGCUUUCCUUCGGUUUCCACCAACUUGGAGCCCAAGAAAGCAGAGCAUUUUCAAAUUGGGAGGAGAAGAAAAACUGAAAAUGGAAAGCACGGGGCUGCCCGUAAUGACGCCAAGUCAUUAACUUCAACUUCAGAGGAGAAGGCGAAGAUGGCGAGAAUAGGCGUACGGAAUUUGGCAUCGCUAGCAGGCCGGAGCUUGAGCUCGUUUCCCCGCCGGCCACUUAGUUUAUGUAGCUUCUCCACGAAGCAGUUGACGCCACCGCCGGCUUCCAAAGCCGGCAUCGUCUCUUCCAGCACGGCAGCUGGACUGGUCGAGGAUCUUCUGUUUGAUGAUGUAGUCUCUAGACCUUCUAAGUCUGAUACUGUUCCGACCCCGCUCCAACCUGGCGUGGUCGUGUAUGACGGCGUUUGUCAUCUCUGUCACAAAGGGGUGAAGUGGGUGAUUGAAGCAGACAAGGAUAGGAAGAUUAAGUUUUGUUGCCUUCAAUCAAAAGCUGCUGAACCAUACAUGAGUUUGUGUGGUGUUGAUAGAAAUGAUGUGCUUCGCCGAUUCUUGUUCAUUGAAGGCCCAGGUCUAUACUAUCAAGGCUCUACUGAUUUUUUCAAGUUCCAAACGGAGUCUGAAUGUUCUGAGUUGUAGUGCAGCUGCACUUAAGGUUUUGUAUCAUUUGCCAUGGCCAUACCCAGCACUAAGUGCAUUUAUGGUUAUCCCCACGCCUCUAAGGGAUGCUGUCUACGACUAUGUGGCAAAGAGACGCUAUGACUGGUUUGGGAAAGAUGAGGAUUGCUUAGUUCUUCAGGAGAAAGAGUUGCUGGACCGUUUUAUUGAUGCAGAAGAGUUGCUUAAACGUCACCGAUCUUCUUGAAUAAUUCUUGACUUCCAAGUUUGUGUAGGCUGCCUUUGUAUGCGUCCUUGAAUAAUAUUGUUAUCCUUGUUAUUCGGGUUCAUUGUAAUCUUUCAUAAUGGGAACACCACGGUCUUACAAUGUACAUGCAUGCGUUCUGUGUUAACAUAUAUACACUCUCGGAGUUAUUCCAUUAAAUAAAUAGUGAACUGAGUCACUGAAA